AUGCCCGUUCAGGAGCCGGUGAGGAGUCAGCGCCCAGGCCUGCUCAGCGCGGCGCUGAGCGCGGAGAGGAUCUCUGCGGACGAGCUGGCCAACGAGACGGACCCCUACGUUAUCAAGUCCAGCAGGUCGCCUGCGCAGGCUAACGCGGCGCGCGUGCCGGAGCAGCGCCCUCCCGCGGACGAGUUCGGCGACGCAGCGUGCCGCGCGCACGUCGCGGCGUCGACGGCAAGCACGGCCCCGGGCCUGCGGACUCGAGCAUCCGCAGCAGCGAUGCGCGCCCCCUGCACGCCAGAUCGACGCGAGAGCGCGACACGGAGCAAGGGGGAGCAGGCGCCAGGCCCCUCGCCGCCAGUGACGGUGUGCACCCCGGGGACGGCAGCCCCGGGGGCGUGGCAGGUCCACUCCGAGGCGCCGCGCAGCAUCCUCGCGAAGCAUCACCGCCACCUGUACGGGCUGCGCUCGUCCGUCGGCUUCCCCACGGCCACCUCGGCCACGCGCACCAGCGAGGAGGGCUCCAACAGGACCGCGUGCAACGACUCCCAGCGCGGCCUGACCCGCGCGAGCGCCCCCGGGCUGUGGCGCGACAAGAGGAUCGCGGACGUCCCGUCGCCGGUGCAGCUCACGCAGCGGGCAUGGCACGGCCCCAGCACACGCCAGCGCGCGCGCUCGCGCAGCUUCGGGCCCCUGCGCGCCUUCCUGAAGGCCCUCGGGAUCGCCCCGAACGACAGCGCCGGUCCCCGCAGCGCUCGGACGGGCACCUUGCACUCGCUCCGCUCCGCCGCCGGUGCGGGCCCGCAGGGUGCGUGGCUCAACCAGGAGGCGCUCAUGGCCGCGCAGCGCCGCUCCGUCAAGUGA